GAGCACUUCCAGGGGACCUUCACGCUGAAGAAGAUGAGGGGCGACGGCAACUGCCUCUUUCACGCGCUCGCAGACAAGAGCCGGCAAAGCGGGGUGGAGCUGCGAGAGCAGAUCAUGCGUUUCCUGGAGCAGAACGCGGUGCACCAAGAGCACGAAGAGCAAGCGGACGCUUGGCUUCGAGAGGCCGACUACCUUCGAAGCGACCCCCACAACUGGGGAGGGGACACGGCCAUUGUGGCUUUCAGCCUGAUGAACCAGCAGAGUAUCACGCUGCAUUGGCGCGGCGAGGACGGCACCAUCCAGUCCAUCGACCGCACCCACGAAAAUGUGCCAGGAGAACUCCGAGAACAGGACGUCCUUCACCUGUGGUACAACGGCCAGAACCACUACGACCUGCUCGUUCCCAGCAACCCCGAGCAGCAGCGAGCGCAGGGAGAGCGAGCAGCCUCGCGAGCCCCAACCCCCAAAGUUGCCGGAACAUUCCGGCGCGCAGCUCGUGCCCAGUGA